GUCUUCCAGGUUACAAAUCUCACAAAUGAGACAUAGAUAUUUUCAAAGUAUAGAAAUAAGUUCUGAAAGUUUAUAAGUAAGUUUAGCAGCUAAGACGUUCCUAACGUAUAAUUUGAGAGGAUAAACUGGAUGUUAAAGUGAAUAGAAUUCCAAACACCGUUACCUGUAAGACUAAAUGCAGGACAAAGAAGUGUCGGGUUUCUGCGCGGGGUAUUUACAAAUAUUCAACAGCGCCAUUUUUUUCUGGGACUGCUUUAUUAGAGUGAAAAACUUGAUCAAAUACUUCUUUCACUUACUUAUAUUAAUCUAAUAGAUUGCCGUUUGAGUGGCUCAUUAGAACAUACUUGGUAAGUUAAAUAAAAAAAAAUAACAGUUGGACUUGAAAUGAAAGCUGCCGUUAGCUGUUAACUUGAGCAUCGACAGAUGUAGGAAACGUCGUCGCAGUUCAAAACACUAACAACUGGCAGACAAAAAUGGAGUCCAAGUAUUCGACUUUGAGGAGACCCAGGAGGAAACUGUGUUACAUUACAGAGAAGAAAAGUUUGUCCAAUCAGUGGGUAGAAUCAUUCACAUACGAGGACGUUGACAAGAUGUUUGAUGACAUAGAUGUGUGUGUACCUGAACCACACCCACCAUCUGUUUUGUUUCAGAGUUCUGGCUCUGGGACAAACUACAGUGAAGCAUCCAUGUCUCCAGUCUCACAAGAAAAACAUCCAGCUGAAGAACUUGCAGAAUACCAAAUCUCCUUGUACCAUCAGGCUCCCAAUGGACAUGUUGAGGUUCCUGCAAGCUCACCAAUACUUAAUCUGGACACUGAUCCGGGUUUCCCGCUUGAAGCACACACGCCGAUUAAGACAUCUAGUCCCAUAGAACAUAAUCCAGGGAAAAAGACCACAGAGAAUCUGGAGGAGGAUGAUGAUGGUGUGACCCAGAUUCCAUUUAACCGUGAAGAGAAAACAGAAGAACCUGAAGCGGACCCCGUUCCCAUCCAGAAGCCUCAGUGCAAUGGACAAGUAGCUGAGGAGACUGAUGAUUGGAUACUGGAGCCACCUUCAACCAGGAUUGUCCUGACCAAAUUGUCCAGUCACAGAGCAGUGGUCCAAAAUCCAAGCAAAGAUGAAAACAUCAAGGAUUCAGUUCAGAAAGUGAGAAUAGAGCCCGAAGUUGCUUCUUCUACCAAAAAGUCCAGCUUGGAUUCCACUCAGCCGCCUGCAGAACCGUCUUCACGUGUGAAAAGGGACAUGAUUGGUUUCCUGAAGAAGAUCCAGCUGGCGAGAAAAUCCCUACCAUCAUGUUCCAAGAAAACUCCAGUCAAAGCACAGCCUUGUCCUCCUGACCCUCCAGAGCCAGAGGAUGAUUUCCUGAUUCUAGAAGAUAAUUCACUGCUUUGGUUUUCCAUUCCAAGCAAAAGUGGCUUGAGUAAGAAAGAGAGGCUGAGGAAGAAAUCCAGCACUGAUGAUAAAAAGAGCUCAACAGACAAGGGGACAAAUGAGGGUCCCAUCGAGGUUUCACGGAAACAAAAGAAAGGCGAAAUGGCCAACAGCAAACUGGACAGUCAGGCUGUCAAUCAAAGAACAAAGAAGAAGAAAGGGAAAGAGAAAAACCGUGAGGUGGCGGAGUCUAAUGAUGACAAGGGAGAUUUCCUCAGUCUCCUAGAUGUUCCUGCAGACGACUUUGUUGAGCAGGAAAAACCGAACAAGAAAAAACGACAAAAGAAAGUUCCUUCAGAACAGACAGACGAGUCAGAACAUCAACCCAAAGGAAAAACAAAUGUGGAACCGGAAAAAGAAGCUGCCCAGAAUUUAAAAGGUUCGACAAACUCAUUAAAUGAGCAAAAAAGCCAGACAGAAAGAUCUGAAGAUGUGCAGGAGACAGGGCCUGAUGAUGUUUUUAGAGAAGAACAUCAGGAGCAAAUUGUUCAGGAGGCAGCAGAAACGGACAAAGACGUAAAGUCUGAAGCAAACAGAGAGGUCAAGCAAGACAAGACGUCAGCUGCAUCCUCAAGCAGUUCGUCUGUAGAGGCCCAGCUUUCUCAAAAGAGAAAAAGGAGGCCGCCUGGAGAUUGGUGGGUGAGCUCCCCUGCGAACCCAGAGCAAGCAGAAGCCCCCCAACCCCUCAAAAAGUCCAAACUGAAGAGAAAAGAGCCCAGCACAGCUGUACCUUCGACUGUUAAGAACAAGAAAGACAAAGCGCCGGCAAGGAGAAACUCUAAAGAGCCCACAAAGUCAGCCAGUGUAGACACCAAAGAAGUUAAGGAGAGUAAAAGGAAAACGCCUAAAAGGAGAAACGCAAGAGAUGUGAAGAAUAAAGAAACGGCAGAAAAACCCCGUAGACUUGUGGCAGAGUUGGAGGAGCAGCAGAUCUCCGAUCAAGAGUUGGAUGAGCAUUCAAGCCCCUUGGUCUUUUCAAAGAGAGACCACAGCCUCAACUCACGAGGUGAGUUUCAAAAAGUCUAUCGUCACACCUCCACCCCUGCAUCUCAGACAUGUCAGCAAAAGGAGCAGCUGAGGGAAACCCAACCAACAAAACGUAGGAGGAAGCCACCGGGUGACUGGUGGGCAGCUCCCAAGGCCGAUGAUUUGGAAACCAUCGACUCGCAGCCUCCCCGAAACGACCCCAAACCUCAACAGAAGGGGGAGAAACGGCCAAAGCAGGCACCAUUCAGACUCGGCGCUCCCAAAAACGGCAAUGGUGCUUCAAAAACACAAGGGGGAGCUCCAGAGGCUCCUAUGAAGCCUCUGUCUGCUCAAAAGAUUGUCAGACGCUCUCUUGCAACAUUUAAAGACCCUUCAGUCGUGGAGACCCCCGCUGCGGUCACCAACAGACACUUGCAACAUUACAAAAUGCGUAACGUCACGUCCCAGCCUUCAGAGGAGAGCGCUGAUACUGGCCCUGUAACAGGCAGCAGGCCUGAUGCAGACAUGCACAGUGGGGCGGAUGUGGAUGAAUGCACACAGCCCAACCAGGAGGUUUCACUGUUCAGACAGUGUCAGGCCGAGGACACGUUAAGAGUCCUCAAAAGUGGACCGUCCUCCAUGAUUAACCUGGAAAAGUAUGACGAUGACGCGAAUCUGCUGUCAUCCAGGGUCCACGCCGUGCUGUCUGUGUCAGAUUUUUGUGCCUACCCUCUCAAGCCCCUGAUCUUACACUCAAAUGACAAGGAAAACAUCACUGAAUGGUUCCAGAGCCUCUGGACCGUGGAGGCUGAUGGUGACACUGCAAUCACUCCUGACCUGUUCCAGUGGUACUCCUACCAAAGCUAUGCCUUGGGUAUCCAGGAGGACUUCACCAGCAGCUCCUUCUGCGCUGGAAAACUGCUGAUGGGCUCCUACACGAAGAAACCCCUCUGGGUGGAUCACAGUGCAACAACUAUUUUUAACUUACUAACAAGCUCGGUGAAGGUCACCGUCGACGGCAGCGUUUCUCACUACAGCCCUGGCCAAGCUUUUGUGGUGAAGUGUGGACAGGCCUACAGCAUCCAAAACGUCAACGCACAGCCGUCUGUUCUGUACUUCACCAGGAUGUUGGCAGAGAGUUUGGACUGAAGAUGUUCCAGUGAUACAGUUUAAAUGAAGACUCCAAAUGUCUGUGUGUACUGUUAAAAAAAA